AUGCAUGACCCUUCCGGGUUGAGCGAGGAGCAUUUUGGUUUACGUUGUCCGCCCCCUUCUGUGCAUUUGAAGAGAAUCCUGGCGAACUACCCAGAAGGGACGAGCAUUUUCAAGGAAGCUCUCCAGAAUGCGGACGAUGCCGGCGCUACAAAAUUCAAGCUCAUACUGGACCACCGGAGAAUAGUAAACUUUGAGCCAAGCUUCGAGAGGUUUGCUGGCUGUGCUCUAUUGAUCUAUAACAACGGAACCUUCUCUGCCGCCGAUUGGAUGAGCUUUCAACAAAUGUUCGAAUCCUACAAAGCCCAUGAUGCGCUCUCAAUCGGAAAAUAUGGGAUGGGAAGCCGGUCCUUCUUCCACAUGGCCGACAUCCUCAUGAUUCUCUCCGGCGACCAGUACGCCUACUUGGACCCGGACUACAUUCUGAGCACAAAAGGCGGCGAAAAGGUUCCAUUUUGCCAGCGGGAAUUGCUAAAAGCGAGCAGCACACGCGUGUGCACACACUUAAAGGGCUUCCAUCACGUCGAAGGAUUCGAUCAGCUGACUCAGCCAUUUAAUGGGACCAUCUUUAGACUGCCUCUGCGGAUUGGCAGGUACGCGAGGGAGAGCCGGUUUGCACCUUACGAGUACACGGCGACCAAGGUUCUGAAGAUCCUGAAGGCCUUCGCCCAAGAGCUGAGGGAAUGCCUAUUAUUUCUGAAUUCCGUCCAGUCCAUCGAAGUGCUGGAGUGGCAGGAUUGCGAGGAUGAGCCGUCUCUAUUAGCCUCGUGCUUCGUCCAGGCCGCUCCGGCGACACCAGCCCUCGCCAAGUCGCUUGCAGUUUGUGGCGCCGCGCCCCAGUGGAGGGAGCGCCGAAGGUCUGCGAUUCGGGGCCAGAUUGCUGAAGCUUUGGAACGGGGGAGCGAUCUCAAAGCUGCGAUCACGUCCGCCAGCGUUAUUCGCGAAGUGCAAGUCCUAGCUAUUCAUCACGAACCGGAACCGAUGAGCGGCGAUGCUGGUCAAGCGUCGUUGUGGUUAGUCGGUAACUGUCUGGUGCAGGACGAUGAGGAGUUGUUGGCGGUGGUGGACACAGUAGGUCGGCCGCCCAUAAUCGGGAUUGCUUUGCUCGUGUGCCCGUUGCCCACGGGCCAGUUGCCGUCGGCCUUUUCAGACGACAGUGUGUCGACUGGAGUGUCUCAGCUAUUCGACCGGUCCUGCUGGCCCCAGAGCGGCAUUAGGGGCCAGCUGUUUAGUUUCCUGCCCAUUGUCGACGCACCUUCGACUGGCCUGCCCUUCCACUUCCACGGGACCUUUUGUCUCACGGACAACAGACGAGACGUGUGGCUCUCGGAAGAAGCCGAGGGUCUGGCGAAAAAAUGGAGCCAGUGGAACCGGGUCUUGCUGCUGGAUCACGGCCCCCGUUUACUGGCAGACUUGUUGGGCUACUGCAGCAACCAGGUGUGCUUCGGCAACUGGCCUGACCCUGACGUGUUAUCCGCGGGAAUGAAACAAUUCGCCAUCAACCUGGCCAAAUGCGUUCUGUGGAAUGGAGCAGCAAGUGGAGGAUUUAGGGGAGGUCUUGACUCUAAUGGAGCUCUUGCAUCUAAUCGAGGCCUUGUAUCCAGUAGAGGUCCUGCAUCUAGCGGAGGUCUCGCAUCUAGUCCAGGCCUUGCAUCUGAUUCGGGCCCCGCACUUCGUCCACGUCCUGGUAGUGCAGGGAUUGAAUCUAGUGGUGAUUAUUCCGCUUUACGUGGAGAAAUAGUCGGAUUCGGAGGGGCAGUCGGAUUGGGGGGGUCUACGGGGCUAGCAGGGUUCGAAUCAUGGAAUGAUGGUGACUCUGUAUCUACUGCGCCAACUGUGACUGGCGGGACUGUGGUCCACCUGAUUGGUCAGGGCGUGCGGUUUCUGCGAAUGAAUGACGUGACAAUGUCUGCAUUGAACGAAUUACAGCUGACCUGGCAUCACGUGCUGAGACAGGUGCUGGGGCCUGCGUCUGCUGAUCAGGAAAUUGUAGUGGGGACAGCUGGUGGCACGCCGUCGAGUAUCGGCCGGGGUGUAGGUCUGCCUUGCAUACGUGAUAUGAUUGAGACGUUUUGCGAUAGGCUGAGUGACCUAAGUGGGGAGAGGAUAAUUGCUGUUCCCGACCGGGUGAUGAAGUCUUUCUGUGCGGUGGAUUCCCAGCUGAGGUUCAUUAGUUUCCUAACAGCGAUGCACAACUAUGUUAUUCCUCACUGGUUAAACAACCGCGGCAUAAACCAGCUGUACUACGAGGAAAAAUACUACGUCUGUUGGCAAUACAUAUUGUGUAGGACUCUGAGCAAAUGUUCUGCGGAUGAGACGCAACGAUUUAGUGGUUUGUGCUCGGACUUGAGGUUUAUCCCCUGUCGAACAAAAACCAAGACGUUUACGGGAGCUGUCAUGUCUGAUGAGAUCACAAACGAUACCCUUGAGAACCCAGUCAUAAGUAGUGCACCGGAUAAUUUACCAUUGUGCCUUCCAAUAUUCGGGCACGCUCCUCAGAAUUCAUGGCACUUGACCUCGCCCUUGAAGGCAUAUGAUACGGGACUGAAAUCCUUCAAAAUCACCAACGACCAUAUUCCGUCUGGAGUCUUCUCAACACCCGCUGUAUCAAGAGUACUCAAGACUUGGGGGAUGAAGCAAACGCUAUCUUGGUCGGAUAUGACCCAGGAAAUCGUAUUCAGGAUGUGCAACACUGACAAUCUUACCUUGAUUCCUUGA